AUGGCGUUUGCUACGGAAUUGCUCCAGAGUCUCAUUGCUUCCCGUAGCAGCUUCCUGAACACUGUACUGCAGCAGCAUCCACAAGAAUCUCUCGUUUCCCCAGCUGGAGCUGUGGCCCGGACAGAACAAGGGGAAGAGGUCUGUGGGGGGAGCCAGCAGGACUCUGGGGAAAGAGAAACAUCGGUGGCUCUGAGCACUGGUGGGAUCAUCACCAAAAAGGAGGCACAGUGUCUUGAAGAGCAUCACCCCCACCAUGAGCGGCGCCAGAUGGCAUCGGGAAGGCGGGUUUUCUGGAGUCCCGAGCAGAGAGGUCCCCAGGAUCCCCACAGGGUGGAGGAUCAGUGUGGAGCUGCGCUCAGUAAUUCCCCUGAGCAGCCAGUCCUGCUCCCAGGGUCAGAACCUCCCUUGCCCUCUGCGGGGGCAGGAUCAGGCCCUGGGCAGGCCAGAGUUCCCUGCGAGAGCCGAGACGUGGCUGCCCCUUACGCCGCGCAGGCGAGGGAGUGGCCUCAUGCCUUGAGUGCUGUGAAAUCCCAGGCCCACUCACUGGCAGAUGAGCCAGUCCAGUGUGAAGGGAGCUUCCCCCAGCCCAUGAACCUGGCCGCCCACCAGCCCAAGCCCAGUGGGCAGAGGCCCCAUGCCUGCAGCGAGGGCGGCCAGGGCUUCAAGCAGCAGCAGAACCUCAUUACCCACCUGAGAACCCACGGCAAGGCCAAGCCACACCAGUGCAGCCAGUGCGGGCAGAGCUUCCUCCACCGCUCCCGGCUCACCUACCACGCCCGCAUCCACACCGGCGAGCGGCCCUAUGCCUGCACCCAGUGCAGCAAGACCUACAGCCGCAAGGAGCACCUCCAGAACCACCAGCGGCUGCACACCGGUGAGCGGCCCUUCCAGUGCCAUGAGUGCGGGAAAUGCUACAUCCGCAAGGAACACCUGCAGUACCAUCAGCGCGUCCACACCGGCGAGCGGCCCUUCCAGUGCACCGCCUGCGGGAGGAGCUUCAUCCGCAAGCAGAACCUGCUGAAGCACCAGCGUGUCCACACCGAGGAGCGGCCCUACCAGUGCGGGGAGUGCGGGAGGAGCUUCCGCUACAAGGAGUCCCUCAAAGACCAUCAGAGAACUCACGAUGCUGAGCCAGGGCUGCCCUGUGGCCUGCACCCAGGAUCCGGGCUCAGAAAGCAGACACCUCUGUGUGAGAGGGGAGCCAAGGGCGGGUCUGGGAGCUGA